CUGGUAAAACCAGUUUUCUUGCCAUCGACAACAAAAAAAGAAAACGUCAACCAACAAGAAAGGAAAAGACCGUGAAUAUUACCAAAACGUUUAGCGCAAGAAAGGAGACAAUGUUCACUAAGGCAAGAGACCUAGAAAUGACUACGGGGGCCAUUGUAAAGAUGGCCAUCACGGGUCCAUCAGGGACGAAGUAUGUGUAUGGAGAGGAUGAUUUUGUUGUAUCUGAGGGCCAAUCAAAGGCAACAACUCAUGUGGCCACUCAGACUGAAGAACAACACAUGAUAACGAACUCGAAGAUGUGUCGUGUAUGCGGGGAAGGUGAACUUGCAACACGAGUAAGAUGGAUCGGGUGUGAUGGGGGUACCAAAAAAAGAGACUGUGAAUACUGGUGUCACUGCCAUUGUUUGGGUUUUAGGGUGAAAACCCAGGCUGCCCUCUCCAGACUACAGUGGUUUUGUCCGGCACAUCGGUCCGAGGCCAUGAAAUAAAUUAAAUUUUGGUUACAUUGUCUUGUUGUAAACUUUUAAUGUACUAGGUUAAGUUUUUUUAAAAAUAUUUUUGAAUAUGUUUUUUUUGCAAACACUUAAGAAAACUUAUAUAAGUGCUCAGCCAGUAUAAAGUAUUAACGAUAUGAAAUAAGCACAUUUAUUUGUCUUAUAGUCGGGGGUGACUGAUUUCCACUUAAAUUUAAAAAAGUUACGAAAUUGUGAAAAUUACACAUCAUUUUAUUUCGUAAUUUUCAUAUUAUUCUAUUUAUCAGGGUGAACACUUAGAAGUUCUUCUGAUUGUAUAAUUACAUUAUAUAUUUUUUAAGCUUAAAUUUUAUUCCUAACUAGUUAAUUCAUAAUUUACAUCAUGCCA